AUGGCUGAAAACGGAUACGGGCCCACGCCCGCUGGUCACAUCGGCAGAAUCCCAAACUUCGGCAAAACACAAGUAAAUCAAUUUGGAAGUAAUGAACCGCCAGCAUGCAUACAAAACGCCAUGAUGACAAAGGAUAAAAAGCCAUUUACCUACACUCCUGGGGGCUUAGAUUUAUCUCAGAUCAGAACGCCAAGUAUGGCUCGACGAAUGGCACGACAGCGAUCAUUAGAAGAACAGGAACAACCGUACGGAUGUAUAACACAGGGAAAUGGAAACUGUCAACCUCAAGGUGGUCCAGCACCACCACCUCCACCGCCAAUGAAAAUCCCAGCCCCACCUCCACCUCCCCCACUCGUUAUAGAAGCUCCUAAUAACAAGUCUCCGAAACCGCCAGCAUUAGGAGAACGACCAGAGAUAGUAAUACCUCAAAAUCCAAUAGGCAUGCUCAGAAAAACAAACAGCCCAUAUCACUGGGAAGCUGAAAAAGCUGAACUACAACGCAUAGGCCCUGUGCCUAAAUUUCUUGAAAAGGUUCCAAGUCCAUUAACUGUAAAGUUACCGCAAAAUAUUCCACAGAGCUUUGGUUCGCCACAGAAUAAUUAUCAACGACCAAACACGUAUGGAAAUCAGUAUCACUCUCCUGACAGUCCUCUUCAUAGACCUGAGGCACAAUAUGGUAACCAAAAAAGCAUGUCACCAGGAGUAAAUGGCUCACCACCUACAAGAGAACUUCUCCUUCGCCAAGAUUCACAGUUUAAUAAAAGCCCACAACCUUAUGCCAACCAACCACCAUUGGUCAGUGGCAUACCUUAUUCCCCGACUCCUAAUAGUCAUUGGCGUCAACCAGAAAAAAGAGAUUCACCUGCCAAAACUAAUCCACAAUCACCGCAAGUAAACCGCGGGCCAUUUUCGCCAAAUAACCAACAAAAUACACCUAUUUAUAAUCAAAAUCCACAAAUGAACAACGUUUGUCACACACUGCCAAGAGUGGCACAGAGGAAUCAAGAUGUACAAAAUUCGAUAAAUAAUGUAAAAAAUGAUUACAAUCCUAACACAAGCAAUGAAAAUCCUCAAUAUACUGAAGCCCCAUGGCGUACCACCACUUUAAAUAGAUAUCCACGCGAACCUCAGCAAAAGGCAUACAACAAUCAAAAUGAACCUCAGGCCUACUCUCCACCAUGGAAAAGCAACGAUGUCAAUAAUAAUCAAUCCGAAAAUAAUUUACACGGAGGUGUGCCGUGGAAGCGAGAGAGUAGAAAUACGAAUCAAGUAAACGAAAGAGUGCAAAAUAAUUCUUCUAGGGUAAAUCAAGAAGCAAAUAGAGGGCCAAGUGAUUACUCAGCCCCUUGGAGAUCACAGGAAACAGAAAGAUCUGCUCCCAAUUCUCCGCCGGAAACGAGAUAUCAAUCGUCAAUAUCAAUUCCUGUUUCACCCCGAAAACAGCCCCCACCACCUCAAUAUAACAAUAGUCCAUCUCAAAAAGAAGUCGUUUACGUUAAUGAAGAACCUGUAUAUUACUGCCCCGAGAGUCCGAAGUCGAUGCCUCCAUGGGUAAAAUCACAGAAAGAAAAAACUAAAACACCGCCUCCUGCAUGGUGCCAGAGGCCUUUAGAUGGGACCAAAAUAUCGCCAAGAGAACUUGAAACUCCUCCAAGAGACGCAAACCAAGAACCGGAAUGGGUAAGAAAGAGUAACGAAUUGCAAAGAGGAGUACGUGACGUUGUCAGCCCUCCAAAAUAUCAACAAACGACACAACCUAAUUGGUCAACCAAGCCUUCAGAGAAUAGGAAAAGUCUUCCACGUGAUAACACUCCACAGCAACCUUCAAGUAGAAUUAUACCAAUACAGAUGGAAGUCUCUAGUACUGAAACAAGGAACAGACAACAAGGAAAUCAACAACCUCAGUUAAGGAUAGUUAUUGAUAUGAAUCAAAAUCCUAUUGCACAGAAUCAACAUCAGUCUCAAGCACCGUAUUCCCAGCCUACUCAGCGGAUCAUGAGAGUUUUAUCACCACAAUUAGUAAAACUUGAUGAUGGAUCAGCGGAACGAGACCUACCAUCACUUAAUAGAAAUUUCCAGAGUCAGGACGGUCAACCAAAAACUAGGAUAAUACCAAUUCAAGUCGAAGGAUGCAAUGGUGGCGGAAACAAAAGAGUAUACUACCACAAGAUAGCUCAAGAGGAACCGCAGCGCCAGUCCAAAUCUUUUAAAGUCCUGCAGGUCGUAAAUAGAACAGGGUCCGAUGAUAUACAAAUAAUCGAAGAUAGGAAAGGCUAUACGGACUUAUAA